AAAGAUACUCAUCAGACCAUCCUACAUUGCACAUCGCUGGCUGAUCGCACUUUAACAGUGCGUGGGGAUGGAAUCGUAUUUUUCCUUUCAACACCGGAAGUGAGAAAGGAAUCAAGCACAUACAGAGACAGGGCAUGGAGGCGGAAAGGAGCGAGCACACUGCCGAAGGGGAAGUGCAAUGGCGCCCCGUUUCUCUCACAUUUGUCGAAUACCCGGAAGGUGACAUCAUUGGGAAAGCCUUAGCCUACAUCAGCCUUGCACCUGUCAUCAUUUUAGUUGGAUUUGCAACACUCAUUCUCUUCAGAAGGGAGUUACACACUAUGACUUUUUUUUGCGGACUGUUGUUUAACGAGAUGGUCAACUGGAUUACAAAACAUAUCAUCAAAGAACCUCGACCACCCAGGGGUAAUCAAGAGAUGUUGUUCUCAGAGUACGGCAUGCCUUCAAGUCAUUCCCAAUUUAUGUGGUUCUUUGCAGUCUAUAUAGUGCUCUUUAUUUACAUCAGACUAGGACUCCAGCAGCAUAGCUCUGCUAGUCUUAUAGAGUUAGCCUGGAAGCAUUGUCUAGCCAUAGGAACUACAUUUUUAGCGCUGAUUGUUAGUUUUAGCAGGGUGUAUCUUGCUUACCACACUGUACGACAGGUGAUAUGUGGAGCCUUACUUGGGACCAUCCUGGCCGUGCCUUGGUUUGCCUUUAAUGAGGUUUUCCUGACCCCUCUUUAUCCUCGCGUGGUUUCCUGGCGAGUUGCUGAGAUCCUGUUGGUGCGAGAUUCCACCCUCAUUCCCAACGUCUUGUGGUUUGAGUACACCAACGCCAGAACAGAAGCCAGAACUAGACAACGGAAGCAAGGCUGUGGCAACAAGAUGUCAUGACUACAUGUGCGCCAGAUGAUACGGGAGGAGUUAAGAGACAGAUGCCAGCAUUCAUGAUCGUCGCUAACCCAGCCGACCCUUCAGCCAAGGGAGGGCGCCCUCUAGAAGCUAACUGGCAUGUGCGGUAAGCAUGCCCUAUCUGCCAUUAUUAUUCAACUUCUUCGUGCGCUUAUUAAGAUGGAGACGCAAUCAACAGCUGACUUUGUUUAAAUUGACCAAUUUAUCUUGUUUUUUUGAUAAACAACUUUCGUAUAUUUCCUAAAGGGCUUAACUAGGAAUUUUUCUUGAAAUUUGACCACUUUUUGUGUGCAUUUUUAAAAUAAAUAUCUGUUUUUGGAUUGGCACAGUGCACAAAGAACAAAGUUACUGAUUUAGUGUUGUUCAACACAUAUAUCAAUUGUUUGAAAACAAAUUAAGAUUAUUCUAUAAUUGGCAAGCUGCCGACUUAAACACCGACCGCACGAACCGAAGAUUUGUGUAAACGAUAUCCACGCAAAUCUUAAAAGUAUUUUUCUUCAAAGUGCCAUGUUGUUGACAAUGUAAUUGAAAAGGUAAUAAAUUUUUUUUGUAAUUUUGAGCUUAUCACUAUAUCUGUUACACAUUCCCUAAGAGAAAGAUUCUAGAGGUUGUCUUGCAUAAAUGCUGCAUGUAAAUGAGUAACUUGCAGACGCACAGAAUAUCCAGCGAGGUGUUUGUUUCUAUUCUUUAUAAUCAUUAAUUUUGUAAAAACUGUUUCAAUUGGUUUAAUGUUCUGUUUCUCAACAUCUCUUUGUCUCAAACAAAAAAUGUUGAUAAUUUUCAUGAAGGAAACGAUGAAUUACACCAUUACCAAUUAUCCUAUCCAAUUUAAUUGAAUAAUUUGUGCUACCCCCCCCCCCCCCCCCCCCAGUAAAAAAAUUAAAAAUCUUAGGGAAGUUUAUCAGUUUUUUCUGUCAUUUUUGAGAAACCAAGUUUUGAUCAGUGUAACCAUUAAUUGGAAAGUUUUAGUUUUUGACUUAAUUGAACAGAACAAACAUGACAGUUUUUUUUUGAAAGAAUUUUCACAAAGACUUUCUUGAGAAAAUAAAUUCCACUUAAGCACUGCCUGGCUAAGAAAGGGUAAAAUUUCACUGUGUUAAAGAAAAGAAAGAAGUAUGUUAUUUACGCAAAGACACUAGCACGCAAACUGUGUUGAAACAAGAGUCCAAAAGCAUUUCAAUUUUAGAACAAGUAAAUAUAUUGGACUCAGAUGGCAUUAAGUUGACUUCUGCAGGCAUUUAGAACAAAACAUUUCAUCUUAGGUUGUUUUUGUCUCCUUUUUGCCAAAAUGUCACAAAAUUGUAAAGAAAUAUUUCAAAAAACAACAAAUGAUUUCUAGAAACAUCCACACACAAAAACUGUGGUCCCACAAAUUUUCAGUCCUGAACUCUGCAAGAAAAAAUGCACACAACACAUCAUUAUGAACCAGUUCACGCCAGGAUUAUUUUGACAAGAACGGAACGAGGCGCGGGAUUACUUUUCACUCGACCUCAAGCCAGGCGGGUUGAAGCCAUCACCCUCAGGCAGCACACUCAUAUUUCCGGCCUCGCUCACGGGUCGCUGUCAGAUAUUUUCUGCCUCGCUUCCUGUGUGUUUAUCCGUCAUCUGUUCUGAGUACCGCAAAACCUUAGCAUGUAUACAUGUCAUCCGGCGCAAACUGGUUAAAGACUCCGUUGUAGUUAACAAAAACAAAAUGAGGAGCAAGAUGCCUUAUCUCAGGAUAACUGUGCAGGAAAAGCUACUCGUUACCAUAUUGGAUAUUUGGGUGCAUAUUUUGCAUGUAAAAAGUAAACCUUUCGACAGGCAUGAGUCUUCAGUGGAGUGUAACAAACUUCUUGUACAUGUAUUACGAAUGGAUAAUUAUUAAAGUUAUGAAUAAUUCUAUAUUUGCAAGAAGCAGACUAAGUGCUACAACUAAUUUGGUUUGUAAUGAAAGUAUGAAAGUAAUGCUGAGCAUGAAACUAGUAUUAAUCAAGAAAUCAUUGCCAUGUUUAUUUCUUAAUAACGGGUUGUCAGAAGAAAAAGUAUGUGAUGUAACAUCUCCAGUUGGGAAAAAAAGAAACUGAACAAAAUUAUAAGAAUAGGCCAAACUCUAUUUGGAUUGUGCGGCCCGCCCCGUUUACAUCCCUAAUCAGUACAGGGUAUGGGAAUUUCAAUCCAGCAGUGAUCCUCAAAAGAGGGCACUGUUGCCACUUUUGAUCUUCGUUCGUACCCACCUCCUAAAACAGGGCGCUGGGAAGGGCUAAUUUCUUCAGGAUGCAUGACGUGAUUUCUUCGAGCCCUCAUUGGAUUGAAUUUGUUUGAACAAGAACACGGGUCAACACUUACGUGUGCGUGUGACACGUGUAUGCUGAAUAUACGUGCAUUGAUUAAGGCAGCAAGCUUCCCACAGUGCUUUGCAACACCUGUGCUUCCUUCACAAAAUGUUGUGAAGGAGAUUAGCCCUUCCCAGCGUCCUGUUUGGGAGGUGGGUACGAGCGCAAUUUUGAACAAAUCCUAUACAAAUGUUUAUGAACAUGUAUCAAAUGUUCACCUCCUGGAAUGGAGACAACCAUCAGAUGUGUGCAUUCAAUUGUAAGUGUUGGUUUUUCCAAAAUCUUGAAUUUAUAAUACAGCUCAAACACCGGAUUAAAAUAUACUAGCCUCUAAAAGGGAUGUUCUGUUGUUAAGAAUGUGGAUUUGAAUUGUGGACUAUCAAUGCCUUUACUCUGGUUAAAUAAAGCAUGCUGUUAAUGUGAAUUAAUGACAUUUUAUAACAA